UGUUUUUUAUUUGUUUUUGGCAUGGACUCGGCGGAUUCUCCUACAAAAACGCAAUCCAGCGAAGAUGAAAACUACAGCUUACUGUGCCAAGCCCACGAACAAUUCAACAACACCGAGUACGACCGCUGCCUGGAGCUCCUACAACAGCUCGACACGAAGGGCGAGAGCAGUGGGCCCAUCCUGCGGCACAAUCGGGCCGUCGUGAACUUCUACAAGAGCGGCUGCACCCAGCACGCGACGCUGCUGCAGGAGCUGGAGGAGCUGGCCACCGACGUGAAGGCACCCCAGGGUAUGGGAGAGACAGGUGGCGGGCUGUCCCUGAAGCAGGGCGCCAGUGCGGCUACUGUUGCCAGGUACAACAAGGCGGUCAUCUAUUACCACCGGCACAUGUAUGGCACGGCGCUGGAGAAACUGGCUCCACUGGUGGCCAGACUGGAGGCGCUGGAAAAGGCCAUGUCUGCGCUGGUGGCAACCCUUCAGCUGCAGCUGCUGCUGGCCACCAACCAGCUGAACCGCGCCGAGGCCUUUCUGGACUACUUACAGUACACGCUGAACCUGGUGGACAAGGCGCCGAGCAGCAAUCCCGAUGAGGUCGUCCCGGCGACAGCCACAACCGCCGCGGCCACGCCCAGUACAGUGGUGGCUGCCCAGGGCUCGGAUGCGGCGGUGGCACGCGCCGCGGGGGACACCAGUGGCAGCCUUCAGCUGUUGCAGCUCCUGACGCAUGUACUCAAUCGGAAACCGGUGGUCAUAACGGAGGACGGGACGCCCCAUUACGCGGCGCUCAGGGCGCAGCAGUACUACAUCAUGAAGGACUUCCAGAUGGCCGCCAAGCAGCUGAUGCGCAUCAACAACGAGUGCACUCAGGCAGGCACUGUAACUCCCCAGCUGAGCACCUGCAUUGCCAACAAUAUGGGCGUCAUCCACCUGAGAGUGCGUCACUAUGCUAUAGCGGCAAAGUUCUUUCAAAACGCCCUGAACUUCGAUAAGCAGCUGGCAUCGAAUCUGAGGGAGAGCACCCUCCAGACGAUGAGCUCGGCGCACUCGUGUGAGAUCCUGUACAACCUUGGCAUCGCCAUGCUCCAUCUGCGCCGUCCAAAGGAGGCCUUUCAGUGCCUACUCGUGCCCGUCAAGCAGUUCCACAGCAAUCCGCGACUCUGGUUGCGCAUGGCCGAGGCUUGCAUCAUGGAGCACGAGGCAAACCUGGCAGAGGACGAACGUCAGUCGUUAGCUGGAGCCGCAUCCCCGCCUUCAUCCAGGACAUAUGCACCGCAGUCGGCCGGCGUGCCGGAGCCAACCCUAGAGUUUGCGGCUCUGUGCCUGCGCAGCGCUCUUACCCUGACGCUGCACCACAAGGCCAGCUUUCAUAUGGAUGCCACGCAGGAGGAGACCCCUGAGCAGACGGAGCACGCGCAUAGGUCGUGGCGCCAGCUGCAGGACAAUAAUUUUUGCAACCCAUCGAAACCGGUCAGCCUAGAAUCGCUUGAAAACAUGCUGGCCGCCAUCUAUGCGGCCCACAGCUUCGUCUCGCUGCGCCUGGGGGACCAUGUGACGGCCCUGGACAUGGCCGAGCACCUCCUGCGGGGCGAGCGUCUUUCGGAUGCACACAAACUGCUGGGCCAUAUGUACGCAGGCGAGGCGCUGAUGCUGAUGGACAAAGCCGCGGAGGCACGCGACCAUCUGGAUCCGACAUUCGUCAGCUCUCUGGACGCCUUCGACCUGGAGACGCGCGACUGGCAGCUAAAGUCGCUGGACGCGGCCCAGAAUGUGGUGCGAUACAACCUGGCCGUGGCCAUGACCCUGCAGAACGACUACCAGCAGGCGAAAACGUUUCUAGCCACACUCACCCACUCGAUUGUGAGCAUCAAGGCGUUGGCGCUGCGUCGCUAUAUAGACCUCAAGCUGGGAGCGGCCGCCAACGCCGUUUCCGCUGGAGCGCUCAGUUAGACAAACAAAAAAUUGUGUAAAUACAACGGAUUGUAAAUAUAGAGAAAUCAAGAACUUGA